CUCCUCUCAUCAUGCAGUCCAACAGCCUCUUUCCUCUCGUGCUUCUUGUCCUGGGAACCCUGGCACCUUGGCCUGCAGAAGGUGUUGGAACAGCGUUGAAAGCUGGAACCUGCCCUUUUAUACCAUCUUCUCGGUGCCUUUCUGGAUAUGAGGAACCUGAAUGCCAGAGUGACUGGCAGUGUCCAGAGAGGCAGAUAUGCUGCUCUGAUAGUUGUGGAUUCAGAUGCAAAGACCCCAUUAACAUCUUCAACCCCAUUAGGGUGAAGCCUGGCAGGUGUCCCGUGGUCACUGGCCAGUGUCUGAUGCUCAACCCCCCCAACCACUGUGAGACAGACCGCCAGUGUGUUAGUGACUUCAAGUGUUGUAGGGGCAUGUGCGGGAAAGUCUGCGUGUCCCCUGUGUAAGCCUGAUUCCUGCCAUUUAGAAGAGUCUCUGGAUUCCUACUCUGUGGUCUGGGAAUUCUGCUUUCUGCUCCCAGUCUUGGAGAAAUGGGGCAGCCCUCCGUGGUCAAGACUUAGUUCUACCACAGUAUCUCCACUGGGGAAAGGCUUGACACACAGUAGGCUUUCAGGGAGUGCCUGUUGAUUAGUGAAUAAAUUAAUGUGCACAUUU